AUGCAGCUCUUUGUCUGUGCCUGGGAGCUAUACACCUCAAGGUCACCAGACAGGAGACAGACGGUUGCUCAGAUCAAGGCUCAUGUAGCCUCUCUGGAGGGCAUCGCUUCAGAAGAUCAAGUCGUACUUCUGGCAGGCAUGCCCCUAGAGGAUGAGGCUACCCUAGAUCAGUGUGGACUGAAGGCUCUGACCACCCUGGAAGUAGCUGGCCACAUGCUUGGAGGUAAAGUCCAUGGUCUCCUGGCCCAUGUUGGGAAAGUAAGACAGCAGACUUCCAAAGUGGUCAAACAGGAGAAAAAGAAGACAAGCCGAGCCAAGCAGUGGAUGCAGUACAACCAGAGCUUAGUCAAUAUUGUGCCCCCCUUUGGCAAGAAGGGCCCAAUGCCAAGUCUUAAAUCCAUUAAAACAGACAUAGAGGGACCUCAGGGAUAA